AUGGCCAAGCCUCUUGGCAACGACGACGCCUUUCAGGCUCUCAAGCACAAGCUGGUCAAGACGCGCAAGGACCAUGGAGCGUCUUCGUCCACGCUGUCUAAGAAAGACGAGGCAGUCUUUGAGUCGCUGAGUCCGCUCUUUCCUCAGCACAAAAAGAUUGUGUCUGGUAUCCUCGGCAGCCUGAAGCCGGAUUCCACAUUGCGAACCCUUGCUUCAUCUCAUGGGCUUGAAGAUCUCACGGCGCUCGCAAACAACAGCAGCCAUGGCACAAGCAAGCACAAGAUCAAGUCUGCGAGUCAUGAUGGACACGCUCCAACGUCGCCUGAUCGAGACGAUGCCGUUGCCUUCCGUCGGAGAUUGUUUGCACUUGAACCCACCGGCAUCAUCCAGCGGAUGGUCAUGGAUGAUGAUGCGGGCCCGUUCCCUAACGAAACUGUACGACAUUCCGUGGCUAGAUUCAUCGAGAACCAGCCACAAUCUUUCGACAUUAGACGCACCCUGCUCCGCUCUGCCUUUCGCCGAAAGAAUGCGUUCACCGGCAUCCCGGCGGAGAAUCAGUCAGAUGUAUCCAGUGCGUUAAAAAGCCUGCAAACAACACUGGCCAUGACGGACCGCCCUGAGGCCAUCAAACCAAUGCGUGAGAUUGGGCUGUCGACCGCCUUUGCCGUUAGCUCCAUGUCAGAAUCAGCCUUCACCCAAGCUAUGAACGGUAAGCUUGACGAUAAUGUUGCCAAAGACAUCCACCGUCGCGCUAUCAACAGCAGGGUUCAGAAUGAUCAUGCACUUGUAUCCCUCCUACAGACGACUCGAGGGACCGGGAUCGCUGCGCUCGAUGGAACAACCACCCUUGAACAGCGCAAGAACAUGCUCACUGAUCAUCUGCACAAGGCUAUCGACAAAAGGGGUAGAGAUAUGGACCGUGCCGACAACAGCGAUGACGAUGACGAUGCUGAGGAUGACCCCGACCCAAAGCCGGUCGUGGACCUGGAAGCUCUUUUCGGCAGUCUCGACUAUUGCGAGUGUAGCGAUUGCAACUCCAUCAACAGCCCAGCAGCGUACUUUGUCGAGCUGCUUCAAUUUUUGAGAAACAAUAAUCUCCAUUGGGAUAUGACCAAAUGGCCCAACUCAGGAAAGCCGGGAAUUGAAGGCACAGCUCUUGAAGCUCUGUUUGCGCGGCGACCUGAUCUCGGCAACAUCCAGCUCACAUGCGAGAACACAAACACCAUCCUACCGUACAUCGACCUGGCCAACGAGGUGAUGGAGUCCUUUGUUGAGCAUAAACAAAAGUAUGUGGAAGAUAAGCACAAACCCAAACGUCUGACCCUCGACGUCUUCAACAUCGAUGACGAAACUUCGAGCGAGCUGCUAGCGCAGCCACAGCACACAAACUACACUGCAUACUGCAUCCUCAGAGACGCCGUGUAUCCCAUCGUCAAUGCUCCGUACCACCAGGCACUGGAUGAGGCACGCAUCCUGCUCGAGUUCAUGAAAACAUCGCGUUACGAGCUCAUCACGACCUUCGCAAGCAAGUACUCGGAUGAUGAUAACUCAAAUGAAUCGCCAGCAGAGAGGGGGAAGCUGCUUGACCAACAUCACCAGACGCUGGAACGGAUUGCGACGUCUGAAUUCUGGAAGAUGUCACAGACCGAGUACAUCGCAAUCACAAGGGAGUCAUACUGGUCCAAGGAGUUCUGGAUUAUUAAGAAGAAGGCCGCAAUUUCCGACGAUGAUUACCUGACCCACAUCAAGAGGAAGAAGGCCUGGAUCUACUGGGGCUUUGACACCGAAGCUGCUAUGCAGAGCACCGACCCAGAUGCAAAGACUGGCCUCAUGUUCGUCAAAAAGCAGCUUCUUCAACGAGCUUAUGUGACCUACGAAGACCUAGUGAAUUUGAUUAAGACCCGUUAUACCAACCCAAACAUGCCGACCGGAUGGAGUCGCGUCGUUCUAGAGAGCAUUCGCUUCAGCUAUCAAUACCUUGUGCCCCUGGUUGACAAGAAGCAACAUGAUCCCUGCAAAAAGUACAGGCACCUUGCCCAGUUUCUAGCAUAUUGGAAGCCGUGGGCGAAGGAGACAGGGGUCGAAGUCAACGACUGUGACAAUAUCUGUCUCAGCGAGACCGACAUCCUCUGCUGGCUCAAAACUUGGUUUGAAGCGAUUGGAAAAAUUGUCGUCCUCGAGUCAGGCGAUGUCCCGCGCCUACCCAUCGAGGGGCACCUGGUUCUGCAUACGACGGUAAACAUCCCAGCUCUGGCUCUAGUCGCACGUGCAGAAAUACCCCCACUGGUUCAACCUAGCGGCAGUGGUUGGGAAGAUCUUGGCUAUCUUGACAGGGAGGGUACGGUGCGGCGGCAGGACGGUAACAUGGUGGCCUUUGUCGCGCCCGACAGCACGCUGCGAGAUGCCGACGGAACGCUCUAUGUCACUCAUCUCAAACACCUACAGACACUCUACAUUGUCGAUCCGGCCCUCACGAGUUUCGAAAACGAACAAGACAUCUCCCAAAAUCACAUCAUAGCCAAUGUUCAAGCAGACACGAGCCUUGUCACGUGGAAUGUUCCGUUUGGGAGAAAAGAUCCUCCAGCUGUACACUACCUCGCCGCUACUGAGACCUGCAAUAUCGAUAGGGUAACAGUCCAGCACUUGGACGGUACGCCCCUCACAGCAGAUGAGUGGGACCGCAUGCAGGCGUUCUUGCGCCUCUGGCGUCGUCUUGGCUGGUCCAUCAAUGAAGUCGAUCAGGCACUCUCUGGCAUUACGCAAUCCUCGUCUCAAACAAAUGCCAGCGCCGACAAGACUCCUGAUACCAUUGAGGACUGGAAUCAGGUGAUUGACUCGGGUGGCUGUCUCUGCCAGGCCUGUGGUCACACUUUGUCCGACUGCUGUUGCAGCAAGCCAAAACCACCAGAAGAGGAUUGCUGCAACCUUGCAGGCCCAGAUCCUCCUAUGUAUAUCACACCGGCGGUGCUGGAGCAGCUCGUAGCAAUCAAGCAACUAUUGGACCUCGGCGGCCUUGACCUGAUCCAGCUACUCACCUUAUGGUACGACAUUUCGAUUGAAGGAAGUCCAUCUCUGUACAGCAAGCUCUUCCUAGUACACAGUGUCUCUGGGAUCGAUCCAGUGUUCAAGGCGAACGCAGAAGGCAGUUAUCUCUCUACUUCCACAAAGAUAUCCAGUCAUCUUGCCGUCAUAACUGCUGCUCUUCGAAUCAACGCCGAGACUCUCGCUGUGUUAAUGGCUGAUGGUGCAAUCGAGGAUGAUCUAAGUCUCGGCAACAUAUCCAGGCUGUACAAAUAUGUUGUUCUUGGACGUCUGCUGAACAUGAAGCCUAUUCUCAUUCCGCGAGUUAUCAAAGUCUGUGGCCAGCCGUUUUUCAGCCCCCGGGCCACGCUUGACAUGGUCAAGUUAUGGCAGCAGAUCAGAGACAAGGGCUACACACUACCACAAAUCGACUAUUUGAUCAAUAACAGGGACGAUGAUCCCUUAAAACCCUUGGGACCGACCACUGCCACGAUUCUGAAAGCUACCAAGACCAUGAUUGAUGGGAUAUCCAAAGUCAAUGCCGAGCAUGCCGAUGUUAAUGAGACGGAGACCACAGCAGCUAUCUUGACGAACCUCUCCAGCAAAAUUCCUUUGAUAUUCGAACCAGAUGUGACAGCCGCAAUCCUUGCUCUAAUCAAUGGAACCACUGUGUACUCCACUGAUGCACCUCCCAACCUUACUAUUACGGUUCCUGAAAACAUGAAGGCAAAGUUGCAGUACAGCACUCUGAAGAACAUGACUCCAGUGAGAGCCACCCUACAAGUAACCGGAAUUUUGACCGUGGAGGAAGCCUCAGUCGCCAAAGCUUUGUCGAAUAGUAAUGACUGGUCAGCAGCAUUGGAGAGAGUCGCUAAGAAGCCGGGUAGGUUCUUUGACGAAGUUCUAUUUGGCAUCUUCUCCAACAAGGACGAGGCGAAGGCGGUACUACUGCAGGGCGAUGUACCGGCCCUGCCGCCACCUCCUCCCGUACCCACUGAUGUGAACUCUACAGGGACAGGGACAAGUGGGAGCAACGCAGGCGCCGAUCAAACCAUCGACAAGAGCACUGCGAGGCCAAAAUCGCUGUUCUUCCUGCAGGGACUGCUGCCAUUUCUACGAAUGACAUUGGCGGAUCAAGUAAUUAUCGAGACCGUCUCAGAAGCAUCCUCAAUUUCGGACGCCGAGACGCGAGUUCUUCUCCUGACCAAGCUUAUCACCGACUCAGAAAGCCAGUUCGGCAUUCAUACUCUUCGCAAUAUAGUAAAGAGCCCUCCGACGUACGACUCUUCAUUCCAGGGAUACCUCAUCCCAAGCACCAGUGACGAUUUCACUUUUGUUGCAGGUGGCUUCAGCCAGGAACCCCCAGCGCUCUCGAUUGACAAGCAACAAGUCAGGCUUCAGCACAGACAAGACGACCCUACCAACGUUUGGUAUUCGGACCCUGUAAAUCUCGUAAGCGGGAAGCUCUACGACUUCGUUGUUACGGGACAGCCGGCCUUGAAUGUGCAAUGGAAAACGCCUCGACUGCCAAUUAGCAACAUUCCUGCGUCGGCUCUGCUACCGGGAUAUGCAUCAGAAUCAGUCACAACAGUUUUCGAGAAGUUGUAUAAAGCGGGACUUGUGAUCAAUGUUCUAGGCCUGACAGCGUCCGAGGUUGGCUACUUUAGUGCCAACCCGGAUGACUUCAGCCAUGUCGAUUUCAAUGAAUUCACUAUUGACACAUGGAAACGCAUGGCUGAUUAUACGACACUUCGCGACUCUCUGCCAAUGUCCACCAUGACCCUGAUUGACUUCUUCAAAUGGGCGAAGAAGCCUGACGAAGCUGAGAGACUGCCCAAGCAAAUCUCAACCGUCACCAACUGGAAAGAGGAUAUGGUCGCCAAGCUGAUUGCGAAGGAUGCAUUCAAUAUGACCAACCCGAAGAGCUUUGUCAGCGAAACAGAGUUGAUCAAGCUCCAGAAAGCGCUGGUGCUGCAGGAAAGGAUUGGCGUGGACCCGGACGUGCUAUUCCACUGGUCCAAGCCCCUGUCGUUCUUCUGGAAAGAGUCGCGACAGAUUGCCGAGAGCAUCCACAAAGCCUUACGAUCGAGGUACGAUGUCACCACGUGGGAACAGGUGGCGGAGCCACUGUUCAAUAAGUUGCGCGCCAACCAGCGUGAUGCGUUGAUAGCGUUCUUGCUCGUCCAAGACUCACUCAGGAAGUGGGGCGUCACGGAUGCGGACAGCCUCUUUGAAUUCUUCCUCAUUGACGUGCAAAUGGGUGCAUGCCUUCAGACAUCGAGGAUCAAACAGGCCAUUUCAAGCGUUCAGCUUUUCGUUCAGAGAUGCUUGCUGGCAUUGGAGAUCGACCAUGGACUCGACGGUUUCCUCUUCGACCGCGGGCGCUGGGAGUGGAUGUCGCGGUAUCGUGUGUGGGAAGCCAACCGAAAGGUAUUUCUCUGGCCAGAAAAUUGGCUGGAACCGACACUACGUGACGAUAAGAGUGAGAUCUUUCUGGCGCUGGAAGCGCAACUUCUACAGAAAGAUCUGAGCCCGGACGCGCUACAAGGCGCCAUCAAGGACUACUUGAAUCGCGUGGACCAGGUUUCGUGCCUCCAAGUUGUUGGGCUGGUGGUUGAUGAAGGACCGAGAGUGUUACACAUCUUCGCAAAGACCGUCACGGCGCCAUUUUCCUUCUUCUACAGACGGUACAAGUCAUAUGUGAAGACGCCGGGAGACUGGUCGCCAUGGGAGACUAUGCAAGUAGACAUUAACACCUACGAACAAGAAGACAACACGGGCAGAGUCGAAAAGACAGGAUCCUUUGUGCUGCCAGUGGUCUGGAAUGGCCGUCUUCUGGCCUUUCUGCCCGAGUUCAGCAAGAAAACAGUCCCUGUGCGAGCAGAGGAUGACAAAACUACCAUACAGGAGAGUGGUGGGCGGCCGCUGAAUGCGUCAACCCCGGCAACGUACUGGGCCAUCAAAAUGGGUUACACCGAGUAUCGCAAUGGCAAGUGGACGCCAAAGAAACUAUCGACUGGGGAGGUGGCCAAGCUUCCUGAGCCUCCACAACCACCAGCAGAUGGCUCGCCCGCCCCUCCACCAACAGCACCGAAGCUGCUCCCGAUAUCGUCAUAUCGAUUUGUGCCCAAGAUUUUCGGUACAGCUCCAGAUACCACCAUCGUCAUCGGCGUCUUUAGCAAUGAAGAUACGGCCACCAUUGACACGACAGGCAGCGCCCAGAGCGGGGUUGGUUGGUUUCAGUUUGACGGUGGUCAGGUGUUGACCUCAAGCCUAGCCGGGACGUUCGCAGUGAAACAUACUCUCACCGAGUUUCAGUUCAGCAUUGGGUCUCUUGCCUUGCAGAUGCAUUCAUAUCAGGACGACCCAGCCACGACAGAACCCCUGGACUAUAUUUCCGAAGACCCUGUGGCCGAGUAUCCCCUAGGCACGCCAUUGAAGCCCACGAUUGCGACCGGCGGUGGAAACACAUACGACUUCUACGACCGUUACUCACGUCAGCUUCUUGCCAGAGCCUCCACUGCCCCAACAGUGGAAGGCAUAUACGACUUUUAUCGCAACCUCACAGAUCUAGACGGCUUAGCGGCCGCGUUCGGCAAUGCGGUCAAACCCGCGACGCCUUUCGCAAGCUAUCAUGAGCUGAAGACACCGUAUGCGAUCUACAAUUGGGAGAUCGGCCUUCAUGCACCUAUGUUGCUCAUGAACAAGCUGCUUUCCCUUCAGCAGUUUGACAAGGCCCUUGAAGUGGCCCAUUGGGUCUUUGACCCCUUCGCCAAACGAUCACCUAGGCCAGUUCCUGGCGAUCUCUGGCAGUUUCCUCCUUUCAAGAAUGUGUUAGCGGAGAAUGAACUCGAGAAGACGUUCGCCAUGCUCGACCCUAACAUGAAGGUUCAGGAAGGCAGUGUCAUCGAUGAGUGGCGCGAGAACCCCUUCGAGCCGCACGUCGUGGCGCGAGCGCGCCGGCAGGCGUACAUGAAGUGGUUUGCCCUGCGUUACAUUGAGAUUUUGAUCGCGUACGGGGAUUGGUACUUCAUGCAGAACACGCUCGAGACUAUCCCAAUGGCCAUACAGCUCUACGUUCAAGCGAGUCACCUGUACGGUCCCAGGGCACAGCGGAUUCCUCGGCGGGGAAAAAAGAAGAUCCAAACGUUCAACUCGCUCCUUGAUCAGUGGGAUGGCUUCGGCAACGCGGUGGUUCAGAUGGAGUUGGCAUUCCCCUUCAGCCAGCAGAGUACGAAGCCGCUGGGUCAGCUGUAUGGCAAGAAUGUGUUGGCAAACAUCUUUGGAUUUGCAACCUCGCGUUACUUCUGCAUCCCCAACAACCCCAGGCUCGACGAGGUGCGCAACUUGAUCGAUGACCGCCUCUACAAGAUCCGCCACUGUCAGGACAUCAACGGCGUGGUGCGGCAGCUACCAUUGUUUGAGCCUCCGAUUGAUCCCGGGUUAUUGGUGCAAGCGGCCGCGGCCGGCUUGAGCUUUGCGAGCGUAGUCAGCGACCUCAACACGCCUAUAAGCAAUUAUCGCUUUCAUCUCCUGCUCCAGAAGGCACUCGAGCUCUGCAAUGAGCUUAAGGGUAUGGCUGGCACUCUGCUGUCAGUCAAGGAAAAACGCGAUGCCGAGGCGUUAUCGAAUCUCCGUGCCCGUCAUGAGGUUACGGUCGGUGGUCUCGCCAUGGAGCUGAAGAAGCAGGCUCUUGAAGAUGCGAAUCUCAGCCUUCAAGCGGCACGACAGAGCCGUCUCGCGCCCGUGUUCCGGAUGAAGUACUUCUUGCAGCUUUUGGGCGAGGACAUGGCAAAGCUUCCGGAAGAGUCGGACGAGUUCACCGAGAUUCAAAACCGAUUCGAAGCGCUGACAGAAGGCGCGGGCUUCAAGCUUUUGCCGUCCGAGAAGCUGGACAUGGACAAGGCAAACGACGCAGCAGCAGAGAAUUUUUGGAUCGGCCAAAUCGAGGCUCUCUCAAGCUUCCUACACAUGAUACCCACAACAGACAUACACGGCACGCCCUGGGGCCUGGGCGGCGCAAUCAAAUGGGGUCCGGCAUCAUUCGCCCAAGGCGCAGCCGCGACAGCGCGCAAGAUGCGCAUCGGCACGGAGUCGAUGACAGCGGAGGCCUCCAACGCCAACCGAAUGACCAACUUUCUCCGUCAGGUACAGGACCGAGUGUACCAGGCCAACAACGCGGGCUACGAAAUCAAGACCAUCGAUGCGCAGAUCCUUGUGCAGGAGCAAAAGGUGCGUUUGGCGGAGCAGGACAUUACCAACCAGCAGCAGCUCCUGGACAACGCGGCUGAGGUACGCGACUUCCUGAGCGGCAAGUACACCAACGAGGCACUGUACGCCUGGAUGGAGAGCAGCAUCUCAUCGCUGUACUACCAGACAUACACGCUCGCCUACCAGCUGGCCAAGCGGGCGGAGCGGGCUUUCGCCUUCGAGCGCGGCCUCGAUGCCUCGCAGGCGAACUUCAUCAGCUUUGGCUACUGGGACGCCAGUCGUGCCGGCCUGCUCGCCGCCGAGCGCCUGUACGUCGGGCUCAAGCAGCUCGAGGCUGCGCACCAGGCUGACCGCGGCCACGACUACGAGAUCACCAAGCACAUUUCGCUGCGGCAGGUCGCGCCACUAGCCCUGGUACGUCUCCGCGAGUCGUCCGCCUGCGACCUUACGCUGCCUGAGGUGCUCUUCGACAUGGACUUUCCGGGCCACUACCAGCGGCGCAUCAAGUCCGUUGCACUCUCCAUUCCCUGCGUCGUUGGACCCUACACUUCCAUCAGCUGCACGCUGCGCCUCCUCUCCAGCGAGCUGCGCGUUGCCCCCACCGCAGGCUCCGCCGCCGACUACCCACGCACCCCCGACGACCAAGACCCGCGCUUCCGCACCAUCACCACCGUGCCCGUGUCCGCCAUCGCCGUCAGCUCCGCCACCAACGACUCCGGCACCUUCGAGCUGGGCUUCCGUGACGAGCGCUAUGCCCCCUUCGAGGGCGCCGGCGCCGCCCACAGCCGCUGGCGCCUCGAGCUGCCCGCGGCCCUCCGCGCCUGGGACUACGGCUCCAUCGCCGACGUGGUACUGCAUCUGCGCUACACCGCGCGCGAGGGCGGCACUCAGCUCGCUGCUGCGGCUUCAGGAGCAGUGCGUGACUUCAUGCGCCGCGCCGAGGCCGAAGCUCGCGACGAGGGCCUCUUCGCCGUCUUUGACCUGCGUGCCGAGUUCGCCGCUGAGUGGUCGCGUGUCGUCGGCCCGCUGUCAUCCACGACCGCGCCGGCGCCGCCGCCGCCGCCACCCAGGGCUCUCGCGUUGCGGGGCAUCGCGGACCGCUUGCCUCCGUUUGCGCGCGUGCAGCAGCGUAGCAGCGGCGGAGGAGGAAGCAUGGGCGGCGUUCGCCGCGUCACCGCGCAGGACGUCUGGGUGCUGCUAUCGUCCGGCAGCUGGGUCGACGGCGUCGAGUUAUUGGACCCUGCGGGUGACGCCACCGAGCUUCCGGCUGAGGUGGGCGGGCAGACAGGCGGCGGCAUGGCGACGUUCAAGGCGCUGGGCAUUGGUGUUGAGGUUGGAGACUGGGUGCUGAACUUCCGUGGCGCGGCCGGGGGCGCAAAGUUGACGAAAGGGGUGGUGGUGGUCCGGUAUACGGUUUCUUGA